ACAAUAAUUCUGAACUUUUUUUAAAAUCUUCUGCUAUGCCGUUUAUGAUACACAUUUACUUAAUUUUCUCCCUCUCUAAAGAGAUGUAAAUGAAUAACCCAUACUGAUACGCAAAACCAUUAUUUGACUCCAGAUUUGUGUCAACUGGCAUCAACAAAUCUCUUUCCAUAUAUUUUAUAAAUUAUUCUUGCAAUCAAAUAUACAUCGAGGAGUAUCGGGAACUGGAUUCCAUAUCAUAAAAGUAUAUUGAAAAGAGUUCGUUUCUGAACAAAUAAUCCGUUAACUGAAUCAAUCGCUUAGUUAAUGUAUAAAAAAUUAUGGAACAAGAUAAAACAUUUUCCUCUGCUGAACGGAUUCGAAAUCGAUGUUUGUAUGUAACAGGAUUUCCGGAAGAUACCAAAGAAGAAUAUUUGCUAAAAUAUUUUCAAAAUUUUGGCCCCGUGAAAAAGGUAACUGUUAAAUUGAAUGGCAAGUAUGCUUUUGUAACUUAUUUCAAUCAAAAUUCAGCCGAAACUGCUUUAUCAAAUCGACAUGUCAUCCAUAAUCGGCAACUAGUAGUUCAAAUCAGGAAAACUCCACGAAGUAAAUCUUGUCAGCCAUAUUGGCAUCACAAACCGGACGUAACUGAACAGAUGCAUGAACGAUUGAUAAAACAAUUAAGUCUUUACCACUCUGUACCGGAACAAAUGGUAGCAAUUCAAAAUUUACUUUCUCUCAGUAACAAAUCAUUACGACAACGAUAUAUUAUAAGUAAACAUCUACAGCGUGUUAUUGUAAAAUACUUUCCCAACUGCACUGUUCAUCUCUUUGGUUCCAGUGUUAAUGGUUUUGGUUUCGAAGGAUGUGACGUCGAUAUGAUAUUAAAUAUAUCGCGAUUAAACAACGACGGGUACGAACCAUAUUGGACUGUUAACGCUCCUUCACUGGAAGAAAUUGAAAAACAUAAAGUAAGCAUACAUCAAUUGAAUAAUAUGGCAAAAGUUAAGCUAAUUCAAAAAAUAAUUCAACAAUUUGUGGUUCAAUGCCAAAAUAUAUGUUUUGUUCCAAGUCUAAGAUGCCCACUCUUACGUUUUCAAUAUAUUUAUGAAAAUUACAUUUUCAACUGUGAUUUUUCAUUAGGAGAAGGACUGUGUCUAAGAAACACUGCUCUAUUACAAAUGUACAGAAAAAUAGAUUCUCGAGUAACGCCUUUGAUUACUACACUAAGAUAUUGGGGAAAGUAUCAUUCUUUGAUUGGUUCCGGUGAUGAACGUAAACUGACCAGUUAUGCCUUUCUUAUGUUAACUAUUUACUUUUUACAAACUAGAAAACCAAAAGUAAUACCAACAGUUCAACAAUUGAGUAAAUUAUCUGAUACUAAAGAUAUUGUAAAUGGUUGGGACUGCUCAUUUUGCACAGAUCUGAAAAAAAUUUCUCCAUCAAAAAACACUCAAUCGUUAGAAGAACUAUUACAAGAAUUUUUUCAAUUUUAUGCCAAUUUUGAUUUCUUAUUUAAAAUUAUUUGUCCUAGAACCGGGGAGACUAUUGACAAAGAAACUUUUUUCUUCCAAUCAGAUAAUAAAUUCAAAAUCACGCCAAUAUCUAUUCAGGAUCCAUUUGAUCUUCAUCACAAUGUUGGUGCAACUGCUAAAAUUUUAUUGUUCGAGCAAUUUAUGCAAAAACUUCAAAAGUCGACGAGUAUUUGUAAGAACGAAAAUUAUUUGGAGAAACUAUUACAGCCUUAUGACUUACAAGAAAAUACAAAAGUAGGAAAGAUACUUUCCUUUCGUAUUAAAUUAAAUUAUUUAAUUUUAGAACAUCUGAUAAGAAGUGCUUAUAGACUUCAUCUGAAAUCAAGAAUAAUAAUAUUGUGGGUCAAAAAUAUUUGUAGCCUAAUACACAACAUUUUCAAUGUAGCAUUAUGCGGAAAAUGUCAUGUAUUUAACAAUUGUUUUAAUCAGAUUUUAUUUGAAAAUAAGUGCUUCACUACGUCUUCCAAUAUAUCAGAAUCUUAUAUCACUGAAGCAAAAAAUAAAUUUCAACAAUUAUCCGAUGAAUUAACUUUAAAAGAUGAAAUUUCUUCAGAAAAUUUUCAACAAUUUGAAAUAAAUGGCUAUUCCAACCAGUUAUUGCUUCAUUUAGGUUGCAAAGUUAGAAGUUGCAUUUACAUAAAUAGAAAACGAGAAAGUAAAGAACAUAUAUCAGAGAAGACGGACAUUCUAGAAGUGGAAAAAGAAAUAACAGAGAAAAUAAUUAAGAAGAAUUGUAAGGAAGAUGAAUAUUUUGAGAUAGAUUGUUUAGUCUGGACAAAAUCACUAAGUACAUUCCCCGAAAUUCUUGUAGAAAUACAUCCUCAAAGUAAAGAAUGUUCAAAGAAUGUCGCAUCUUUUCUGAAAUUGUAUUUAUCUAAAUUAGUUGAUAAAUACAUGAAAACAGUAGAAUUUUGGAAUAAUCUAUAAUUUUAUUGUAUAAUGCAUUUUAUA